GCCUCAUGGCGGCCUCCAAGCCCAUCCUCCUGCUGCUGCUGGUCUGGCUAGGUAUCCUCGCCGUCGUCGCCAUCGACCCGCCGACCGGCAACCACCGCAAGAUCGACCUGGAUCUCUGGAACGACCUGCAUACCAAGGCGUCGGUCGAUGCGAUCGUCGAGUUUGAGGGCCUCCAAAAGUUCUGGAGCGACAAGACCGAGCACACCGACUUGGACAAGCCAUCGAGCAACGUCCGCGUCCGCGACCUCCUUCGGUCCGUGGCCGACACGCGCAGCAAGGCGCCGCACCGCCGGCGACUCGAGAGCGCGCCCGAGGUCUGCCCUGGCAUCGACGACGUCCAGCUCCAAGACCUCUGGGUGGCCAACCAAUUCAAGGUCUUCUCGCUCACGCUGUGCAUCGCCGAGCAGCUGAGCAACCUUCCGCGCGUGCAUCGGCUUCGGUACGGCUACACGAUGACGAUCGGGACGCACGCGGUGGCGAUGCAGACGACGACGAGCAGCGCCAACUCGUGGGGCAUCACCGCGAUUGGCGCGCCGGCCGCGUGGGCGCUCGGCCAUACGGGCCAAGGCGUCCUCGUCGGCUCCAUCGACAGCGGCGUCCGGUCGACCCACGAGGCGCUUUCGGCCAACUUUCGAGGCGCCUACGGCUGGUACGACGCAGUGACCAAGUCGCCGACGCCGAUCGAUGAGAACGGACACGGGACGCACACGAUGGGCACGAUCGCCGGGAGCCACGGCGUCGGCGUCGCGCCGGGCGUUACGUGGAUGGCCUGCCGCGCGUGCUCCGCGUCCGAGUGCAAGGAAGCCGAUUUGCUCACGUGCAUGCAGUUUAUGCUCUGCCCCACGGACGUGAACGGCGAGAACGACGACUGCUCGAAAGCGCCGCACGUCGUCAGCAACAGCUGGGGCGCCGGCGCGACCGACCUCGGCUCGUACCGCGCAGCCGUCGAAGCGUGGCGCCGCGCCGGCAUCAUCCCGAUCUUCUCCAACGGCAACACGGGUGCCUCCGGCUGCGCCUCGGUGCAGAGCCCGGCCGACUACGACAACGUCAUUAGCGUCGGCAACAUCGACUCGACGGGCGCGCUGAGCACGACGAGCAGCCGGGGGCCGACCAAGGCGGGUUCGAUCAAGCCGACGCUGUCGGCGCCCGGGUCGGCGAUCACGUCAGCGUCCAACAAGGGCGACGGGUCGUACGCAGUCAUGUCGGGCACGAGCAUGGCCGCGCCCCACGUCACUGGCGCGGUCGCCCUCCUUCUGAGCCAGCACCCGAGCUGGGGCUACGACGAGAUCCUCAACGCGCUCACGACGAGCGCGACCACGUCGACGCUCAAGCCGUCGACGCCCGACACGUGUGGAGCCGCGGCCUCGACGACCUUUCCCAACAACCAUUUCGGCCACGGUCUCCUCUCGCUCGCUGUCCCGUCACCGACGACCGCCGGCAACGGCUCCACGUUGCCGCCGUCCACGAUCCUGCCACUGCCGUCGGCAUCGAGCCACGCACCAGGCAGCACCCGCCCGCCCGCGACGACGACGACACCGGCACCGACCGUGCCGCCCUCGGAGCUCAACACGGAGCUCAACACGGACGUGCUGAUCGUGACACCGUCGCGGUCCGUCGUCGUCGUUGCCAGCAACCGCGUCCGCGCGACGUCCGUAUCGUCGUCGUCGCCCAUCGCUGGCGCCACGUUCACGUACAGCCCGCUGACGCAGCAAGUGCUCGCCUCGAACGGCGAGUGCCUCACGGCGUCGCCGAUGGCCGAAAGCUCCGGGGCCUUCCUUCUGCACACGUGGCCGUGCCGCCUGAGCAACGUCAACCAGCGCUGGCUUAUCACGGACCAGCGCAUCGCCCAUGGCCGGCACAAGAACCAGUGCCUCGCAGUCGUCGCGUCGUCGGCGGGCGUCGCGCGCUGUGAUCCCAAGGCGCCGUCCCAAGUGCUCAGCGCCCUCCCGCUCGACCGCGCCAUGGCCUACCUCUCGUCCCGCCGCCGCGUAUAGGGACUCGUAUUUUUUAAGACGCAACACGCCGUCAUGGCAU